GGGCGCAGCUGGCGCGGUCGGUCUAGUGCAGCGCUCGGCUCCGCGCCUCGGGCGCUCGGCUUCACCUUCAGAGGCGCGGGGCGUGCGCGUCCUCCUCCCCGGGCCACCCGCCUCCCCGCCAAGGUGCUUGCUGCCCUCUACCAUGCUCUCCAGGUAAGACAUGCCCCUCCGCGGUGCAGGCGCACUUCUGCAGCCGGCAAGCGGGAGUUUCGCCUGAACAUGGAGAGAUAAGACGCAGGCCCACGUGACCGAGCGCCGUGCGUGCCCCGCCCCGGCCGUGCGAGCCAUCGUCGUCGUCGUCGAGAUGGACCGCCCCCGAGAGGCCGAGAUGGAGCUGAGAAGGGGCCCCAGCCCACCCAGGGUCAGCAGGAGCCCCGAGGCGGACGGGGACAAGGCGCUGAGCCACAGCUGCUGCAUCUGCGGCAAGAGCUUUCCCUUCCAGAGCUCCUUAUCCCAGCACAUGCGCAAGCAUACGGGCGAGAAGCCCUACAAGUGUCCCUACUGCGACCACCGGGCUUCCCAGAAGGGCAACCUGAAGAUCCACAUCCGCGGCCACCGCACGGGGACUCUGAUCCAGGGCCACGAGCCCGAGGCGGGCGAGACGCGCGUGUCCGAGGGCCUGGACGGCUGCGCCAGCCCCACGAAGAGCACCUCGGCCUGCAACAAGAUCCUGAAUGGCGCCACCCAGGUGGACAGUGGCAAGAUCCUGCUGAGGAGCAGCAAGAAGGAGGCGGAGGGGGCGGCGUGCGCGGCGGAGGAGGCCAAGGCGGCGGCGGCGGCGGCGGCGGGGCAGUGCUCCUUCUGCAAGAGCAAGUUUGAGCGCAGGAAGGACCUGGAGCAGCACGUGCACCAGGCACACAAGCCCUUCAAGUGCCGGCUGUGCAGCUACGUGACCCUGCGGGAGGAGUCCCUGCUCAGCCACAUCGAGAAGGACCACAUCACGGCCCAGGGGCCCCGCGGCGACACCUUCGCAGAGAACGGCAAGCCUGAGCUGCCCCCCGGCGAGUUCCCCUGCGAGGUGUGCGGCCAGGCCUUCAGCCAGACCUGGUUCCUGAAGGCGCACAUGAAGAAGCACAGGGGCUCCUUCGACCAUGGCUGCCACAUCUGCGGCCGGAGAUUCAAGGAGCCGUGGUUCCUGAAAAACCACAUGAAGGCACACGGCCCGAAGGCGGGGAGCAAGAACAAACCCCGGAGCGAGCUGGACCCCAUCGCCACCAUCAACAACGUGGUGCAGGAGGAGAUGAUUGUGGCCGGCCUAAGCCUCUACGAAGUCUGCACCAAGUGCGGGAACCUGUUUACGAACCUGGACAGCUUGAACGCGCACAACGCCAUCCACCGCCGGGUGGAGGCCGGCAGGCCACGGGCCCCCGUCGGGGAGGGCCCGGCGCCCGGCCCCGCCGACUCCCAGCAGCUCUUCCUUCAGUGCCUGAACCUGCGCCCCGCGGCCGGCGCGCCCGCCCUCGGGCAGGCCGGGCGGCGCGUGGCCGAGCUGGACCCGGUCAACAGCUACCAGGCCUGGCAGCUGGCCACGCGGGGCAGGGUGGCCGAGCCGGCCGAGUACCUCAAGUACGCAGCGUGGGACGAGGCGCUGGCUGGGGACGUGGCCUUCGACAAGGAGCGGCGCGAGUUCAUCCUCGUGAGCCAGGAGAAGCGCAAGCGCGAGCCCGAGCCCGGUGCGCAGGGGCCCCCGCGCAAAAGGGCGGGCACGCCCGGGGACCCCGCGCCCGGGCCCCCGGACCCCCGGCCGGCCGCGCGCCCCAGCCGCCGCGCCGCCGCCCCCGCCGGCCACGGCAAGUCGUCCGAGUGCUUCGAGUGCGGCAAGAUCUUCCGCACGUACCACCAAAUGGUGCUGCACUCGCGGGUGCACCGCCGCGCGCGCCGCGACCGCGACGGCCCCGGGGACCGCGCGCCCCGCGCCCGCUGCGGCUCGCUCAGCGAGGGCGACUCGGCCUCGCAGCCCAGCAGCCCCGGCUCGGCCUGCGCCGUCGCCGACUCCCCGGGCUCCGGCCUGGCCGACGAGGCCGCCUACGAGAGCGGAGAGGAGGGCGCGGCCCACCCUGCACCAGGGACAAAGCCACACCGCUGCUGCUUUCCUGAAGAAGUAGCCUCCGCUGCGCUCUCCAACGGAGACCAAAGUCACACACUUGGAAAUAACCCAUCGGGAAGAGCUGCCAGGGAGCCCAGCGUGGGGAUCACAGCUUCUGUGUCCGUACUUGAAAGCAGUGGCAGAGACACUUCCAAGAGACCAGAGCAGCCUAGGUUUUCUGUGGACUUAAAGAUGCCAGCAUUUCACCCCAGGCAAGAAGGCCCUGGCUCCAGGGAUGCAGCGGACUUCCCUUCUCAUCCCACUCAGACUGCAGAUCUGCAGCUCCCCUCUGAGAGCCAAGCCACCCACCCGAAAGAGAAGCUGUCCAAUUUGCACAAUAAGCAGCAUUCCGGGGGAGGGAAACGGGCGCCGGCCCCAGACCUGAUCCCGCUGGACCUGAGUGAGCGGUCGACGCGGGAGGACCCCAGCCACAAGGAGCUGGCCUCCUCCCUGCAAGCUGCUCUGGCCGUCCACCCGUGUCCAUACUGCAACCAUAGGACCUACUACCCCGAGGUGCUGUGGAUGCACGAGCGCAUCUGGCACAGGGUCAGCUGCCACUCCAUGGCCCCCCAGUGGAUUCAGCCCAACGGUUACAAAAGUAUCAGAAACAACUUGGUUUUCCUCACCCGGAGCGGACGCACGGGCCCCCCGCCUGCCCUUGGGGGCAAAGAGUGCCAGCCUCUGCCCAUCUCCCGGUUCACCCGCACUCAGGUGCCGGGCGGGGCGCCGGGCCCCAAAGGGAGCCCCUCGCCCCUGGGGGUGCCCACGAAAGCCGCCGGCUUGCCCAGGAGCAAGGAGAGCCACCCCGGGGGGCCCUGCGCGCUCUGGGCGGCCGGCCCCGAUGCGCAUCGGCAGACCAAGCCCGGCCCCGGCCCCGAGCAGCCCGGGGCUCCGCCGCCCCCGUCCAAGCCCAAGCAGGAGGCCGGCCCCAGACCCGGGCCCGCGGCGGGCAGCGGGGGCUUCAGCAGAAGUGCCACACCGACGCCCACCGUCAUCUCCCGGGCGGCUCCCCAGCCCCCGGCCAACAGCAGGCAGGGGGACAAGUAUGGCCUCCCCCCAGCGGGGGCCGGCCUCGGUCCCCCAAAUAAGCACAGUGCCCUGGACCCGCCCAAAGCCAAAUUCAGCCCUCAGCCUCAGGGUCAAGCGCACGGGAAAGGUGACGGGGGGCCCCCUCUACCUCCCCGAGAGCCCCCCGCCAAGGUCGGCUCCAGAGGGCCUGUGGCCUCGCAGGCCCAGCCCGUCCUACACAUCAUCAAGCAGGAACCUGCGUCCGAGGGCCCCGAGAAACGCCUGGACAUCCUCAAUAUCUUCAAGACGUACAUUCCAAAGGACUUGGCUUCUCUCUACCAGAGCUGGGGCGGCAACGGCCCUGCGCUCGAGCACAGAGGGACGCUCCGGACGCCGGCCCACCAGGGAGACUUGGUCUGCGUGGAGUGUGGGAAGUGUUUCCACCAGUCUAGCCAUCUCCGGGCCCACACGCGGGCUCACACAGUGUUGUUUGAGUCUAACGGCCUCCGAGGUGCUGAAGCCCACGCCACCUCCGCAGAUGCCCCCAAACAAGGGAGAGACCAUUCUAAUGCAGAUACUGUCCAAACAGUGCCUCUCAGAAAGGGAACCUAGAGACACGCUUUCACCAUCCCCGGUGCCCCUGGACGGUGUCCGCAGUUCCCUUGUGGAUGUCCCGACCGUGACCCUGACCUCCCCGUGGAAGAACUCCCGACCGGACACCUCAGAUCUGCAGCCGCUGGGCGGAGCGGAAGCUGAAGGGAGGGCUUCUCCUUGUUACACAUUAAACAUCAACGAAGAUGCUCGACUUAGAAUUACAUGUAGAUAUUCUGUAUGCAUAUACGUGCUCACCGACCAUAGUCCGUAUUUUCUUAUAAUAAACGGUGGAGGUGGGAGGCACGGUAGGAGCACAAAGCAUCGAUAUCGUUCAAGACAGGUUUGAGACACUGGAAGAAAGAUGCUCAUGUGUGUUGGACAGAGUGAAGCAGCCAGGCACUGUAACAGAAGCCGCCACCGAUGCUCAGAGGCCUGUUGGAGGUGGCGUCAGAACGGACAGCGGAGGGGUCCAGGUUGACGGAGUUUUGACGCUCUGGCCUCUCCUUGUCUUAGUGGGUAUUUAAAAUAGUGAGUAAAAGAGGAAGGAUGGGCGUUGAGGUGCUGUGGAAACAGGCUCGAUGGGGGGCGGGUGGGUGACGAGGUCCUCCUUCCUCAGUGGUCCCAUCGCAUCCCCUUGGGGGCCCCCUGCGUUUCCCAGGUGUGUCCCUCUCUCCCGUCUGUGCUCAGUGAAUCCGGCAGAGGAAACACAUCCACGGGAAGGCUUUUGUUGUGCUUCGGAAAAGAGCUAGUUGAACACUAAGAAAAACAGGCUUCUUUGUUUAUUCUCAGGACCUUUUGGUAACAGGGCUACAUUCUGCAAACUGCUUACAACGGAAGACUGCCUGUCUUAACAAAUUAUCUAGCCACUGAACCCCCCUCGAUUUGGACCCUUUUAGUCGUAGCGGGAGGAUCCCUGAGCCCGUGGGGGGCCCAGGUCGCCGGGGUCCUGGUGCUCUGGGGCCUCCUGUGCCCCCCUCCCUCCCUGCCUUCCUGUCCAUCUGUCCCAGCAAGUAGGCGUCUUUUCUUCUUGGGCCGGGGGGCCUCCAUGGGACGAGUCCCCUCAUUCCCAGAGUGUGGAGGCCCCCCGGCCCGUGGGUCGGGCAGCUUUAUAUACCUCUUCCUCAGUCGCGCAGAUGCCAGUCUUAGCGGUGGGGCGUUAAGGGCCGUAACAAAGGGUCUUAAACCUUGGCAGUGUCCGCAGUUAAAUUGUAUUCCACAGAUAUAAAUAUUUUCUUUUCCUAUUACCAUGACACCAUGUGUGAUGGUAAUGUUUCUGAGAGUUUCAGAUUUUUGCACAUAAUGAUUUUAUGCAUUAUCAAAAGUUACUGCUGCCUUGAAUGAAAAUGUUCUGUGAAAUUUUUUGCAAAAGCUUUACUAGGUUUUUUUUAAUUGUGAAAUUUUGUAAAGGCAGGAAGUGGAUUAAAAUGAGCAUGCUAAAUAUAUUUUUCAAAAAAGCAAUAAUUUUACAUGUACAGAAAUUAUCCUAAUCUUUAAUACUGGUGAGAGCGACAGUUUACUUAAUACAGUAAUGGAUUAGUGCAGUUUUUGUAGAAAAUGGGCUUCUGAUACAAAGACUUGUUUAAACACACACACACACACACACAGACACACACACACACACAGACACACACACACACACCCACCCACACACACACACACACACACACACCCUAAAGUGUGGUUUUCCUGUUCUAAUGAUUUGUUGAAUUAUAUUAUUAUUAUUAUUAUUGUUAUUGUUGUUGUUGUUUUUAGUUAAUGUUUGGUUCUGGAUUCUACUUGUUACUGAAUUUAAAUUACUUGACGGUUCAGGUUACUUUGCAACAUUUGCAAGCAAUGCAAUGUAACUGGCUAGCUUAUAUCUAUAAAUAUAUAUAUACAUGUAUAUACACACACAUAUAGCUGCAUAUAUGUGUGUGUCUAUAUAUAUAACUCUUUUACUUAUUUUUUCCUGAUAUUCUUACACCGGAUGUGUACCGGAAUGAUCUGUCCUGUUGGUGUCAUUAGGAAUGUCCUUGCAGAUACGGUUCAGUGACUGUCCUCUAAAGUUAUUUUGAGCAAAGUUUCAGAGAUACAUUCCUCUGUUCACCCUAGAAAUCAGCAUGCCUUUCUGUUGAUUGUGUUUGAUCAUUCCCAUAGUCUCCCCACAGUGAUGAUUUCUGCGUUUUCUGGCUUUUAGUUUCUUGGCUGACAGUGACGGGUGACCGUCCAGGAACACACAGGGGCUGGUGAUUCGGUCUGCUUCUCUGUUUCCGUUACUCAGAGGACUUCGUACCCACAGUGACGCGAUCGUGUACGUCCUUCCCGUUUCAGAGGCGGCCUUCAGGGCCGCCGGUGUCACCCGGGAGACCCCUUUGCGGGGAGCGGGGUGGAGAGGGGCGCGUCCUGGAGCCCCGUUGGCUGGACACGCAGCCUGAGCCAGUUGGAAUACUGGUUUCCGCCUGGAGCACAGAAGUAAGGUUUUCCCUUAAUUCAGCAGACAGGGGUCGGGGGGCCGUCCAAGAACACCACCCUCCAAGGCAAGCCGUCUGGGGGCCCGACUGUGCUUCCUUUCUUCCACUGAGCAUCAGUAUUGUAUUGGUUUGUUCAUGUGUUUAUGUCCGUUUGACCCUAGUAUUUAAUAAGAUUUGUGUUUUUCUUAUUUAUUUAGCCAAUGUGUUUUGAUUCACUUUUUUUCGAUGGAUAAUUUCCGCAUGGUCUCUCUUGUAAGUCACCCUCUGACUGUUACAGACUUUCUACUACCUCUACCAAUCUGCUGUUUCCUUGUUUCUUAACAGGACUUGAUAGUGUUGGCGUCAAUGUAACUUAGACAAUAAAGGGUUUGGUUGUCUACACUGCAGCUUCUCCGUGUGUCUCCCCGCCCCCGCCCGCACACUCCUGCUGCUGGUGCCACUCCUCGUCCUCCCCUGCUCGCCCCCUUCCUCCUUGUUGUAACACAGAUAAUGAGCUUAGAGACUCUUUCAGGUUAUUCACUCAUAUUCCUUAAUUUGAAGAAUGAACAUUUAAAUUCUCUGAAAAGUCAGCUGUUGGAGCAUCUUCUCCGGGCACUCGUCAGCCGUUCUGUCACUUUUCUCCCCUGGUUCCUGGAAGGCCUUGGGGCCAUCUCAGGUGGAUGCGUUUCGCCUCAGUUAUGGCACAGUACCGAUUUUCAAGCCAAGUGGAUUUUGCCAUUUUGGUUUUGAAAAGUAUUCAGUGCUUUACGAGAUGGCCUCCCAAUAUUUACUUAUUUAUUUUGUAAACCAAGAAAGACACUAGUUUCUUGAAAAGAAGGUGCUCCAGGAAAUGGCCCCGGGGAUGACAGAUGCCACUUUGGCAAGCUUACGGAGCAUUGGUUCUGCCCAGGAUGUCGAGAACCAUCUUCAGAUCUGGCCGCUCUGUCACAGGUUGUACAGUGUCAGGCAAACAGUACACGGAGGCACGUGCACAUGCAGGGUCAUCAUUCGGCACGCCUCUGGGAUGUGGCAUUGGACCCAGCAGGUCGCAGGUGACACCUCCCUGCUGUUUCCCAGGCACCUGGCUCAGGUAGCUGCACCUUCUUUCCACCAGGAGAUAGAGUGUAGCCCACAGGGUCACAGAAGGUGACUGGCAGUUCUCAGUCUGUGCCUGGAACGCAGCACACCUCCUGGGUUUUCACGGCCAGAUUCUCUUUACCAACGUGCCGUCUUGAAAACAGGCAAAUCACCCCCAGGGGGGUGUGAUCGAUGCACAAAAAAACGACUGCGUUUGUACAACUUUACUUUUCCACUUUCAGAAUGUCUCCGUGUCUGAAGUAGUGUAUGCUGUUUCACUGCUUUUAACUUGGGUGCAUUCUAAUCGCAGGACAUUUUAUACACUGAGCAAAAAGAAAGAGAAUAAAAAGAUCACAGGCCAGGACUUCAAGUGAUGGUUUAGGUGCCCCGUAGUGUGUCUGUGUGGAGUGACGGAGGGAAAAUGUUCAUUCUUCAACUUUGCUAAUUAUGCUUUGAGGCAGGAAAAUGCAAAAGACCAUAGAGUUUGUAUUUCUUUUUUAAAAUACAGUUUAUAACAUUAUAUUUUGUACUCUUUAUAUUAGAAUUUGUAACUAGAUCGAUGUAUUUAACUCUAUUUCUGAAAAAAUAAUUCAAUGUUUCA